UGAGGCGAGCGGAGCCGGAGACGAGACCAGAGGCCGAACUCCGGAUCUGACAAGAUGGCCGGGCUGCCCCGCAGCAUUAUGAAGGAAACCCAGCGUUUGCUGGCAGAACCAGUUCCCGGCAUUAAAGCAGAACCAGAUGAGAGCAACACCCGUUAUUUUCAUGUGGUCAUUGCUGGCCCCAAGGAUUCCCCCUUUGAGGGAGGGACUUUUAAACGUGAACUGUUCCUUCCAGAAGAAUACUGGAUGGCAGCCCCUAAAGUACGUUACAUGACCAAAAUUUAUCAUCCUAAUGUAGACAAGUUGGGAAGAAUAUGUUUAGAUAUUUUGAAAGAUAAGUGGUCCCCAGCACUGCAGAUCCGCACGGUUCUGCUAUCGAUCCAGGCUUUGUUAAGUGCUCCCAAUCCAGAUGACCCGUUAGCAAAUGAUGUAGCGGAGCAGUAGAAGACCAACGAAGGCCAAGCCAUAGAAACAGCUAG